GUGUGAGUGUGUCUGUUUUCUCCUUCAGUUCUCCGCUGCAGCCGAACAGCCUCCACCAAGUCUGCUCCCUCCGAACCUCUGACACAGAGACAUGGCAGAGAAAGAAGUGGGGAGUGUGAUGCAGCAGGACAAGACAGCAACAGGCAAGCAGGCAGAGAACAAAGGCCACUGUGUGACAUGUCAGCACCACGCACCCAAAGGGCAUGGCACAAUGGCUGUCCCUCCUGCAUACGCCGACUUGGGAAAAUCUGCCAAAGACAUCUUCAACAAGGGCUUUGGCUACGGAGUUCUGAAGCUGGAUGUUAAGACCAAGUCCCAGAGUGGUGUUGAGUUCGCCACCUCCGGCUCCAACAACACAGACACGGGGAAGUCCGGCGGUCACCUGGAGACCAAAUACAAGAUGAGUGAGCUGGGCCUCAGCUUCAACCAGAAAUGGAACACAGACAACACUCUGACCACAGAAAUCACCAUGGAGGACCAGCUGGCGAAGGGCUUGAAGCUCGCUCUGGACACAUCAUUUGUGCCCAACACCGGGAAGAAGAGUGCCAAACUGAAGACUGGCUACAAGCGUGAAUAUGUCAACAUGGGCUGUGACCUGGACUUCGACAUGGCCGGUCCCACCAUCCACGGAGCUGCUGUGCUGGGCUACGAGGGUUGGCUCGCUGGCUACCAGUUGGCUUUUGACACCGCCAAGUCCAAACUGACUCAGAACAACUUUGCCCUCGGAUACAAGGCCGGAGACUUUCAGCUUUCUACCAAUGUCAAUGACGGCACAGAGUUUGGUGGCUCCAUUUACCAAAAGGUGAACAGCAACUUGGAGACAGCGGUGCAUCUGGCCUGGACAGCCGGCAGCAACAACACUCGCUUUGGAAUCGGGGCUAAAUACCAGCUGGACAAUGAUGCGUCCCUAUCUGCCAAAGUGAACAACGCCUGCCUCGUUGGAGUUGGAUACACACAAACCCUCAGGCCAGGAGUGAAGCUCACGCUCUCAGGUCUGAUCGACGGGAAGAACGUAAACGGCGGCGGACACAAAGUGGGCAUGGGUUUCGAGCUUGAGGCGUAAAAGAGUCAGUGGGAGGACGGACAAGAGGAGAGAGAGAGGGAAGCAACGCAAGAGAAGAAGACACAGCCCAAACGUGACAACAACACAAUGGUCCACUCAGCGACACACAAACACAUCUUCCCUGCACGAUGAGUGCUACACACAUAUUUACACAAACACACAUUCUUUGGCCUUAACCCUGAAACCCCAAACAGCCUCCAAGACCUCCAGUACUGUAAUUUUUAAAGAAGCAAGCUUUAUUUUUAAAUGUUGCAUUACUUACAGGUCCCAUAUGUUAUAUGUAUCAUAAAAAUAAUCAUUCUCUGAAUAAUGUGCUACUCAUGACCGGUUUUAUGAGGCCCCUUCUUAUUUUGGCCGUGUUCACGUAUUUUUGUUUAGAUAUAUUCUGUGUUUCAGACAUGAAUACGAUUAUUAGAAGAAGCUUGUUUUGGUAUGUUGUGGUGUUGUUGCAUGCUUUCAAGGCUUGAGGGAAGUUAUUGACAAGUACAGUGACUGUAAACAGAUACAACAAAGGCUGGAGAGCAUUAAGCAGAAAACACAGAGCGGCCGGUCACUCUCAGACUGAGUGGACUGACUGGACCAUUUGACCUCAGUGACGCAGUUAGAAACUGUGACGCUUCAGUUGCCAAAACAUUGAUUUUUUUCAGGUCCUCUUUGGUAAAAAGGGCUGAGCCUCGUCAUCACCUUUUGUGUCCUGUACCCGUUCAACCUAUACCACUACAUUUCACUUUAUCUGUGCUGUGCUUUGUAUAGGAAAGUUAGUCAGCAAGGACCUCAAUCUAAUUUUAUUGAAUUGAUGGAAUAAAGAAUGUAAAACUUUA